AUGGAAAAAGUCGACGUGUUAAUCUGCGGCAGUGGAUCAGCCGGUCUCAGCGCUGCAACCUGGCUUGCCCGUUACGGUAUCCGAUGCAAGAUCCUCGAGCGCCGCGAUGGUCCAAUGAAAAUGGGCCAGGCAGAUGGUGUACAGUGUCGAACUGUGGAGAUAUUCGAGAGUUUUGGCAUUGGAGAAGAAUUGCUACGAGAAGCUUAUCAUGUCCUUGAAGUGAACUUUUGGGCAGAUGAUGGGUCUGGCGUCAUUAAGAGGACUGGUCGGACGGCUGACACACAGCCUGGACUGUCACAUCAGCCGCAUGUUAUUUUGAAUCAAGCGCGGAUCAAUGGGUUGCUCAUUGAAUUGAUGCAGAAGCAUAAUAAUCAGCAGAUUGAUUAUGGAUACAAUGUCACCGAUGUUCAAGUUGAUGAUGCAUCUGCUGGUGAUUUGGAUGCGUAUCCUGUUACGGUGACUGCAGAAAAGAAUGGCAGGACGGAGAGCUUCCAAGCCAAAUAUGCAUUGGCAUGUGACGGCGCCCACAGCAUUGUCCGCAAAGCACUCGGAUACAAGAUGAUCGGAGAUAGCAGCGAUGCCGUCUGGGGCGUGAUGGACAUGAUCCCUCGAACAAGUUUCCCCGAUUUCCGCAAGAAAUCCAGCAUCCGUUCCAAAGCAGGAAUCCUCCUGAUAAUCCCUCGAGAAGGCGACAACAACAAUUUGACCCGAUUCUACAUUGAACUUGCACCGGGCACAAAUCCCAAAGAAGUCACGCUAGAGAACCUACAAGAAAGAGCACAGAAGAUCCUCCAGCCAUACGAUAUUGAAAUUGCCGAGACAGUCUGGUGGUCUGCUUAUGCAAUUGGACAACGUCACGCCGAUGUCUUCCACAAGGACCAUCGUGUUUUCCUAGCCGGCGAUGCAUGCCACACGCAUUCACCGAAAGCCGGACAAGGUAUGAAUGUCAGUCUACAAGAUGGGUACAACAUUGGAUGGAAACUCGGCGAGGUUUUAACGGGCCGCGCACAUCCCUCUAUACUCGAGACGUACGUGUUAGAAAGAGAAAAAACCGCCAUCGAUCUGAUCAAUUUCGAUCGUUAUUGGUCUAAAUUGUUCUCUUCGGCAGCAAAUACUACACCUGGCGAGUUCCAAGAUGGGUUUAUCAAGGCUGGAAAAUAUACGGCUGGUCUGACAGCUAAAUACGAUGUUUCGUCUAUCACUUCCUCUUUCCAGGCUACGAAUCUUGCGUCAAAUGUUGUGGUUGGCAUGCGAUUGCCCAGUGCGCAGAUUGUUCGGGUCUGCGAUUCCAAGCCCUUACAGCUUAUGAAGACGCUCAAAUCCGAUGGGCGAUGGCGUGUGAUGAUUUUCGCCGGAGAUCUUUCGGUAGCAGGGAGUCAGGCAAAGCUAAACACAAUUGGCGAAUACUUUUCCUCUCCCAAUGGGCCAAGUCACAAAUUCACACCACCCUCCCAGGAUGCAGACAGUCUAAUUGAGACUCUUGUCAUCGGCCAUGGAAAGCGACACGAUAUUGAAAUACACCAGAUUCCCGAAUGCUUCUAUCCGGUAGUAGGCAAGAAUCAAACUAGAGAUUUACAUAAAAUAUACUACGAUGAUGAUAGCCACAAUCAAGGCCACGGGCACGCGUAUGAAUUCCUCGGAAUCGACCCGAACCACGGAGCCAUCAUCAUUGCCCGACCCGACCAAUAUGUAUCCGCCGUCCUGGGUCUUGAUCAGUAUCAAGAAAUCGGGAAUUUCUUCCAAGGAUUUCUUCACCCGCAAACGUAG